UUUGUCUAUAAUAAUUCCGAUUAUGUGUGUUCACUUCAGUUAUACUCACCAACGAUUAAAGCUCACCUGUCGGCUAAAGGAUAUCUGAGUUAAUUCAAAUAUAAUCUGCAAACAGUAAAUUACUCGCUGCGAAAAACUAUUAUUAGUUUGAAGUUUGUCUGUUAGAAACCAAGAAGCAAGAUGUUGCCCGGAAAGGGAAUGAUUCUUUUAAACCGCGGUGUCAGUAUGAUCUGUAGAAGAUUUAACCACAAAAUCGGAAUCCUUGGAGCACCGUUAUCAAGGGGACAGGGAAAGGAGGGCGUAAAAACGGGACCAGACGCUUUAAGAAGAUCCGGGCUGCUGACUGCGCUUCAGGCUGGAGGUUGUGACCUGAAGGACUAUGGUAAUUUGACAUUUGAAGAUGAGCCGAAAGAUGAACCAUUCGGAACUGUCAAAAUGCCAAGGACCGUGGGGAAAGCAAACGCAAAAUUAUUUCAAGCUGUAAACAAAGUAAAAGCAGAUGGCCGGCUCUGUGUCAUUCUUGGGGGCGAUCAUAGUUUAGCAAUCGGAUCGAUUUCUGGGGAUGCAUCAUGUCACUCAAACCUGUGUGUGGUGUGGGUAGAUGCCCAUGCUGACAUAAACACUCCUAACACAACACCAUCAGGUAAUCUGCAUGGCCAACCAUUGUCGUUUCUCCUCCAGGAACUCCAGACUGAGAUUGUAGGUGUCCCAGGAUUCAGUUGGCUGGAACCAUGCUUAACUGCGAAAGAUAUUGUUUAUGUUGGUCUGAGAGAUAUGGAUCCUGGUGAGAAGGAGAUUAUAAAGAGAUUAGGAAUUAAAUUCUUCUCAAUGACAGAUGUAAAUCACAUGGGAAUACAAAAAGUCAUGGAGAUGACCAACGAUUACCUGUAUUCAAGAGGAAAGAAACCAAUCCAUCUUAGUUUUGACAUUGAUGGAUUUGAUCCUGUUUUGGCACCUGCUACAGGAACCCCUGUAGAGGGUGGUCUCACAUAUGAACAAGGUAUCUUCGUGGCAAAUGAAAUCCAUAAAACAGGCCUGCUGUCAGCAAUUGAUUUAGUGGAAGUUAACCCAUCUUUAGGAAAAACCGAAGAGGAAGUUACAUCUACUGUUAAUUCUGGUCGAGAUAUCAUCUUGACAGCACUUGGCUAUUUGGCAAAAUAAUUCCACAGCCUUUUUUUUUGCUAGAACUGUUACAGCUUUAAACAUUUAUCUUCUCUCAUAUCUCAGUUUUGUAGCUUCAUGAAUCAUUCGUAAUUCCGAAGAGAAAAUUUGAAAUGAUGUAAUAACUUUUUAAACUUUGCAUGAAAUAUUAAGACAGA